AUGUCGGGCGUCAUUUCGAUAACUUCUACAGAGCAGCUGGAACACUUUGCACAGGCGUCCCAGUUCGCGGUGGUGAGCUUUAUUUCAUCUACUUCCGGUAAUACUGAUGAAAUUUUCAGUGUUUACGAAGCCCUCGCAGCUACGCUUUCCAAUCCGAAAAUUGUGUUUCUUGCCGCCGAUCAUACUGCGCACCCCGAACUUGCUACCGCAUACUCCGUGACGACGAAUCCUACAUUCAUUGUUAUCCGCAAUGGCAAUACUAUCGACAGAGUAGAAGGCCAAAAUACCAAGGAACUCCAAGGCCUCAUCCAAAAGCUCGCUGUGCAGGUCCUAGCAGAGCCAAGUGAUGAAGAAGAAUCAAACUGGAGAGGUACAGAGCUGCCCAGGGGUUACAGCGAUAUCAACGAUGAGGUCGAGGUCAGAGGCUGUGAACUGCUCAAUGCUGAUGAAGAUGCUGGACCUGUAAAGGUGCUCUUCAGCGCUUCCAAACCAAGCGGCCUCGGCAGUGGAAAGCCUUCUGCGCCAGACUACGUUCAGAGUGGUUCCGACGAUCAGCUUUUACUGUUCAUCCCAUUCCAAGCCACUAUCAAACUUCACACAUUGCAGAUUACAUCCCUCCCACCCAGCGACCAGACCGAUGUCUCUCGACCUGGCGUAAUUCACAUUUUCAUAAAUAAGCCACAAAACAUGGACUUCAGCGAAGCAGAUGACUCAGAGCCCACUCAGGUCAUUGAGCUAGGACCAGAGGAUUGGAACAAGGACGGCACUGCAAACGUACCGCUACGUUUUGUCAAGUUUCAGAAAACCAAUACCAUCAUCGUAUAUGUACAACAGGGUGAUGGUGAGGCUGAGACGGUACGUAUUGAUAGAAUCAGACUUGUUGGUGAAGCUGGCGCAAAGCGUGAAAUGGGCAAGCUACAGAAGCCUGGGGAUCUCGAAUAG